UUGAUCUAGUCGUCAUACAGUAAUUCUAUCUGUGUCGUCCCGACACAAUGCUUAACCUUCUUCUCCUUCUCGUCCCCCUAGUGGUGGGGGACUACCCCUUCAGAAAUAUCUCUCUAUCCUGGGAGGACAGAGUCAACGAUCUCGUGGGGCGUCUCACCCUGGACGAGAUUAAGCUGCAGAUGUCCAAAGGAGGCGCGGGCCCUCAAGGUGGCCCCGCCCCUGCUAUACCCCAUCUGGGUAUCAAACCAUAUUCCUGGAACACCGAGUGUCUCCGGGGGGAUGUGGGGGCGGGGGACGCUACCUCCUUUCCCCAGGCCAUAGGACUUGGAGCCUCAUUUAGCACUGAUCUGAUAUUCCGGAUUGCCCAGGCCACGGGUGAGGAGGUGAGGGCCAAGUAUAACAAUUAUACGAGGUAUGGGAUAUAUGGAGACUACAAGGGUAUCAGCUGUUUCAGUCCAGUCAUCAACAUCGUGAGAGACCCCAGGUGGGGUAGGAAUCAGGAAACGUAUGGAGAGGAUCCACACCUGACAGGAGUCUUUGCUUCAAAUUUCGUUAAGGGUCUCCAGGGAAGCGAUCCCCGCUACGUCAGAGCCAACGCCGGCUGCAAGCACUUCAAUGUCCAUGGUGGUCCUGAGAAUAUACCUGUUUCACGCGCAUCGUUUGAUGCAAAGGUGUCUGAUAGAGAUUGGCGAACUACGUUUCUCCCAGCCUUCCGCUCCUGUGUCAAAGCUGGGACCUACAGUAUCAUGUGUAGCUAUAAUAGAAUCAACGGAGUGCCAGCAUGUGCCAACAAGAAGCUUCUGACGGAUAUCCUGAGAACCGAAUGGGGUUUCAAAGGUUAUGUGGUCAGCGACGAAGGCGCCAUUGAGAACAUCAUCUAUGCACACCACUACCUGAACGACAGCGUCGACACUGUUGCAGCAUCUGUGAAGGCUGGAUGCAACCUCGAAUUGUCCUAUUUCGAUGGUCAUCCAGUUUUCUUUUCAGUUGUUGAUGCUGUGAAACAAGGCAAGCUGACUGAAGAAGAGGUCAGGACCAGUGUGAAGACGCUGUUCAACGUCAGAAUGAGGCUUGGAGAGUUCGACCCACCGGAAAUGAAUCAAUACACAAAAUUAAACAUGUCGAUAGUUCAGAGUGAGGCUCACAGGAACCUGGCUGUUGAGGCAGCAAUGAAGACAUUUGUGUUGCUGAAAAACCAAAACGUCCUCCCCUUAAAUCCAUCAAGCUACAGAAACGUUGCUGUUGUGGGCCCAAUGGCCAACAAUACAUAUCAACUGUUUGGAGACUAUGCCCCCACCAUGAACCCAGAAUACACCACCAACCCUCUACAAGGUAUACAGUAUCUCUGGUCUACAGUGAGGUAUGCAGCAGGCUGCACAGACAACAAAUGCACUCAGUAUUACUCCCACGAAGUCCAGACAGCAGUAACAGCAUCCGACCUCAUUUUUGUGUGUCUUGGCACAGGUCAGGAACUAGAAUCAGAAGCCAACGACAAGGCAAACCUAGAACUCCCCGGGCAACAGCUGCAGUUGCUGAAGGAUGCUGUCACCACUGGCCAGGGAUAUGGUGCCAAGGUCAUCCUCCUUCUUUUCAAUGGCGGACCCCUCAAUAUUACUUGGGCUGCUGAGAGUCCCAAUGUUCAGGCUAUUAUCGAACUAUUUUUCCCAGCCCAGUCAACAGGCGAGGCUCUGCGGCGAGUACUGUUGGCAGAAGGGCCAAAUUCCGUGCCUGCUGGAAGACUUCCGGUAACGUGGCCAAGGUACAUGGACACAGUGCCCGACAUUACCAACUAUACAAUGGUCGGACGCACAUACCGGUACGCCACGUAUCCAGUUCUCUUCCCCUUCGGCUACGGUCUCUCCUACACCAGCUUCUUCUACCACAUUUUGGAGUAUCCCACUCAGGUGACUGCAGGGGAUGACAUGACUGGUUUUGUCUCACUUAGCAAUCGAGGAUCCUUUGAUGCCGAUGAGGUUAUCCAGGUGUACAUAUCCUGGUCUAACGCCACGGUGACGGUUCCACAGCUUCAGCUGGUGGCCUUCAACAGAGUGUUUGCACCACGGGGCGUGCAGACUCAGUGGAACUUUACCAUCUCGGCAGAAUCUCUGGCAGUGUGGACUGACCAGAAGGGUUGGGUUGUUGAGCCAGGUGUCAUUUCAUUGUGGGUAGGAGGCCAGCAACCUCAUUCCAGACCAGCUCUUGACUCCAAUGUCAUUUCCGGCCAGUUCACGGUUAUAGGCCAAAAAACUCUAGGUCGAUAUUAACCAGCAUAACUUCUGCCUUUUUUUACGCAUUUCUCAUGUAUAGUUUGAUAAUGGAUGAUAUUUGAUAUGCAACGCGUUCUAUAUAUGUAUUAAACGAUCAGAUAGGACAUUAUCUACAAAGAAUUUUUUUAUCAAACAAAAUGGUAAAAUGUACUUAAUUGUAAUGCCACACAAUGAACUAAACUCAAAGUAAAAUGUUGAAAUGUUUAGUUGCUGCUUGAUGGAUGACAGGGCUGCCAGUUUAUGGUCCUAUAUUUUGUUUAAUAAGAAGUGAGUUGUGUUCAAUACUGAUUGGAAUAAAAUAUAACAUACAUGUCUA